AUGUUUGAGCCGCGACCCCUCCUGCUGCUGCUCUCGGGGGUCCUGGUCCUGACCCAAACCCGGGCGGGCCCCCACUCCUUGCGGUAUGUUCACACCGCCAUGUCCCGGCCCGGCGGGGAGCCCCGCUACAUCGCCGCCGGGUACGUGGACGACACGCAGUUCGUGCGCUUCGACAGCGACUCAGCAAGUCUGAGGGCCGAGCCUCGGGGGCCUUGGGCAGAUCAGGAGGGACCCCAGUACUGGGAGGAGGCGACGCGGGUCUACAAGAGCAACACACAGACUUUCCGACAGAGCCUGAACACCCUGCGCGGCUACUACAACCAGAGCGAGACGGACUCUCACACCUUCCAGAGCAUGUUCGGCUGCGACGUGGGGUCCGACGGGCGCCUCCUGCGCGGGUACUACCAAUCCGCCUACGACGGCGCCGACUACAUCACCCUUAAUGAGGACCUGCGCUCCUGGACCCCGGUGGCAGGCACGCAGGCUUGGAUCACCCAGCGCAAGUGGGACCAGGUGGGUGUCACUGAGGACCGCAGGAACUACCUGGAGGGAAGGUGUGUGCCUUGGCUCCUCAGAUACCUGAAGAACGGAAACAGCACACUGCUACGCGAAGAACCCCCUAGAAGACACAUAACCCACCACCCCAUCUCUGACUGUGAGGUCACCCUGAGGUGCUGGGCCCUGGGCUUCUACCCUGCCGAGAUCACCCUGACCUGGCAGCGUGAUGGGGAGGACCUGACCCAGGACACAGAGCUGGUGGAGACCAGGCCUUCAGGGGAUGGAACCUUCCAGAAGUGGGCGGCUGUGGUGGUGCCUUCUGGAGAGGAGCAGAGAUACACGUGCCGUGUGCAGCACCAGGGGCUGCCAGAGCCUGUCACCCUGAGAUGGGCCCCCUUCUCAGCCCUCCUCACUGUGGGCGUCAUUGUCGGCCUGGCUCUCCUCGGGGCUAUGGCCACUGGAACUGUGGUGGGAGCUUGGACCUGCAGGAGGAAGCUCUCAGGUGAGAAAGGAGGACAGUACACUCAGGCUCCAAACAGUGACAGUUCCCAGGGCUCUGAUGAGCCAGCCUCUCAAGAGUGUGAGACAGCUUCCCUGCUGGGUUUCCUCACAUCCCAAUGUUGCGAUUCAAGAAUUGCUGACUCUCUCUUUCUGCCCUGGGACCUGAGUGUGUCUGUGUCCUGUCACAUACUGUGA